AUGGAAGAAGACGCAGGAAACGGAGGAUUUCGGAAACGCAUGAAGCCAUCUGAGGAAGAAGAAAAAGGAGAUUCGAAAGAUGAAAUGAGCAUUGAUAACAUUGAGAAUGAAGAAACUGAGACGAAACUUCUUGCUUCUGAUGAGAUGGAACUUAACAUUGCUCAAAUUCUCGAUAAGAUUGAGAGCUUUACGCAAACUGUUUCUAACUUGCUAGAGUCAGGGAAGACAAUGUUUAAGGAACUCAGUAACGAAUUCGAAGAACGCUUGAUCAUGAUACACAAGGAACAUGUUGAGAAAUGGCAGGAGGAGAUCAAGGAAUUACGUUUGCUUGAUGCAUCAAACGAAGAGACUACUUCGGUCUUACAGAACGCUCGCUAUCUGAUUCAGAAUCCUAGCAUUGAGCCUUGA